AUGAAAAAUGUUUUGAGAAGAAACCAAUUUAGGAUAACCUAUAAAUAUGCAAGGCUUUAUAAUAGUACUACCACUCAUGAGCAUACAAAAAUUAAAAAUAAUAACUCUAUUGCUAACAACGAUAAUUCAAUAAUAAACUACAAAAUGAUAUUGGGGAUUAAAAAAAUCGAGAUUUCUAACUUAUCAUCAUUAUGUAGAGAUUUUCAUAAUAUAUUUCGAAUAAAUAAAUAUGGAUUGCUAAAAUAUACAAAUGAUAUAUUACCAUUUAUAAAAUAUUUAAGAACAAGUGAAAUAGUUAUGAUUUUACACCAUUAUGCACAUAUAAAUUAUAAUAAUAUAAAUUUUUAUAAUAAUGUAUGGAAUCAAAUUAUAGAUAAAUUAUAUGAUAUAGAUUGUAAAGAGCUAGCUUUAAUUAUAUAUAGUAUGGGGAAAAUCAAAUAUUUAAAUAAUAAAGAUAUAAUUUUACUUUUUGAAAGUGAAAUAAAAAAAUGGGUAAAUAAAUUAAGUGGUAGAGAUUGCUCAUUAAUAUUAAAAGGGUUGAACAAUUUAAAUUAUAAUAAUAAUAAUAUAUACUCAUUAAUUUAUGAUAGAAUAUUAAGUAUUGCUGAUGAUCUUAAUUUAUUAGACAUAUGUAUAAUACUUAAUACACACAGUAAAUCGAAAAAUAUAAACAUAAAUAUGUUUGAAAUUUUAUUAAAUAAAUCCUUAUCAUAUUAUUCUUUUUUAAAUGAACAAUGUAUUGCUUCAUUAUUAUGGAGUAUUAGCAAUGCCAGUAUAAAAUCCGAAAAAUAUUUUUCCCUUCUUGCGCUCAAACUUAGAUUACUAAUGCAUGAAAAGUUAAUCCAAAAUGAUGAGGUAGAUCAGGAGAAAACAACCAACCACGAUCUACAAAAUGGCAAUAUAAAAAGAGAUGGAAUCCGAGAUAAAGCUGAAGUUAACAACCCCAACAAUGGGAAAAUAUUAGAACGAGGUACUCAAGGAAAAAUUACUAAUGACAACAAUUCAUAUCAAAUGAAAAAUAAUAAUGAUACCUUUUUUGAAAAUUAUAAUGACGUUAUUUCAGAAUCACAAUCAUAUGAUAAUGAAGAUAAAGAAGGUGGUGAUAAUUUAAAAAAUUUAAAUUACGAAAUAAGUAUGAGCAGUUCAUGUAAAUAUGAAAAUUUAAUACCUUCGAUUAUUUACUCAUUUGGGAAACAACGAACAUAUUUAAAAAAUAAUAUAAAUAUAGAUAAAAAAUUAUAUAAUCAUAUUAUUAAUAGUUAUAAUCCUCAAAAUUGUAUAAAUAAUUCACCAGUUGAUAAUGUAUAUAUAUUUGAUACGUCUAAAGAUUUUUUAAGAGAUAAAAAUGUGUUUAAUAAUAAUGAUAAAAAUAAAACAAAAUCAAAAAAAUAUCAAAAUAAAAAAUAUUAUGAACAUAUUAUUUUUGUAAUAAAUAAUUACUUAACAUAUUUUAUAAAUAAUGUGCAUUAUAAUGAUUUAAAAAAUGUAAUAUUUGGAAUAGCAAAAAUAGAAAUGUUUGUAGAUAAAAAAUUAUUAAAUAAUAUUUUUGAAUUAAUUAUACUUCAUGUUAAAAAUAGUAUGUAUAAAAGUUAUGAAAUUAUUAAUUUAUCAAGAUCUAUAUCCUUAUUACCACAGGUACCUACAAAUAUAUGGAUAGACAUUUUUGAAUUUUACAAAAAUAAAUUUAUUUCAAACACAAGUGUAAAAAACAAUUGCUAUCUAUUUUAUAUAUUCUCUUUUAUUAAAAAAAAAUUAAAUAAUUAUAAUUUGGAUUUAUGUUUAAUUGACCAUAUAAAUAAAAAAAUUGGUAGCAUUGAUGAAGAUGAUGUAAUAAAUCUAAUAAAAGCUUUGAUUAAUCUUAAUUAUUAUAAUAAUGAAUUAGUAAAUAACAUAUCCAAUUAUAUAGAAAAAAAUUACACAGCUUUUAAUUUAAUUGAUAUUGUAUAUAUAUUAAAAUAUUUUACAUCCAUGGAAUUAAGGAAUACUAAUAUUUUCUCCUUAUUUGCUUUAACAAUUAAAAAAAAUAAUACAAAACAUAAUUAUGCUAUAAUUUCAACAAUCUCGUCUUUUUAUUUGCAGAUGGAUAUAUUCCCUAAAGCAAUUGAGGAUAUAUUAUUACAGGAAAAAAAAAGUAGUGAAGUUUGCUUCAAAACAGAAGAAAUUAUUUGCGAUGAAUAA